CAUUAAUGCCACGGUCGCUCGCGCAUGCCUGAGCCAGUGUAGAUCGGCGCGCCAGAGAGAGCACACGCGGUGCAACUGAUAACCAACAUUUGGUCUACCUGUUCAGUGACGUCACGACCUUCGAAUUCGUACAUUUAUUUACGCCGGUUGAAUUAUAAAAGAUGAAGACAUUAAGAGCACUAUUUAUCGUCGCACUGUACCUAGCGGUCAUCGAUCUCGGCUCCGCGGAGCAGAGCGAGCACGAACACCACAAACAGAUCCGCCACAGACCAAAGAGACAGUACCUAGGCGACUAUGGCUACCACCCGGCGUGGUACCGCCCGUACUACCCGGAAGACCGAAGAGACGACAGGAGUCAACAGGACUUGCUGCCUCAUAUCUAUAGGUUACUAGAAGAAAUUUCUGACUUAGUCCGCCGUCCUCCUCCUCCACCGCCACCGCCUCAACCGAUCUACAUACCCUACCCCGUCCAGUACCCGUGCCAACGAUGCAAAUGUCCUACGCUGCAAAAGCCGAACGUUACAAGCAGGUUCCCGGAGAUGGAGGACUCGAACCAGAACUGGGGGUACGACGACACCAACGAGCCGGAGGACGACUUCAACAACAACAGGCCGAUCAACUUCGACCCCAUCGCGCCGCCGGCGGUCACCUCCCGCCCGCCGCCCAGCGUCGAGCAUGGCAGCAGCCAGGCUUCGGUAAACACACAGGAAGGCAGGGUAGGUUCCAACACCCGUCGUCCGAAGCGCUGCGACGCUAUGGUACUCUCCUGCUGUGACCCCUCGCAGUCCAAGCAACAGCAGCGCGCCUGCUUCGUCUCAGGCAACUGCGCGUCCUACUUCGACAAACGCGAUGUAUGCUCCAAGCAGUUCGUCCAGGAAGUGCUAGACACGUUCGCAUCGGCGUACGCUCCGACACAGUGAGAACUGUUAGAUCGGGAAACGACUUAGUCAUGAUCAGUAUUUAUUUGGUGUUAAAUGUUGUUGGUGCUGUACCGUGUUCAAGUUACGUGACGAGAUUGCUUAAGGUCUGGGUUAUCGCUGUCAUUGAUUGGCAAACUAUUUGAAACAAACUCUGUCACCUAGGUAGUCCAGUAGAUGUAUUUUUUUAUCUGGCAUCUAGGUAAAUAUAUUAUUAGUAUAUUUCAUAUCGAAAUCGUGAUUUAAAUUCGAUUAAUGUAGCAAAUAUAUUUAUUUAUUUUUAUGAUUAAACGAAAAAGAAAUGAGUAACAUUUUAAACGUAGUUAUCAAUUGGACCGAACCGUAAUCAAAUGAACUUAAUGUUUCAAUGCACGGUGAACGCGACGUCUGUAAAAAUACAGUCACUAGAUGUAAUGUAUUUGGUUAUGUUUUCAAGUUUCUUUUUUGAUGAAGCUUAAGUGUUUUUCGAUUGUUUUAAGCAUCGUUCUUCUUGGCAUAAAAUCUCAAUCUACGAUCAAUUGGUACAUUUAUUUACGCCCUAUUGCUAAGUUUAUUUUGAUGACAUAAGAAUUGUUUUUAGUCUAUACGCUAAAGUGACUUGCGAGUUUUAAUCAAUAAAAUAUUGAUUAUUCUUUGUAUGCUUGUGAAGGUCAUGCUUAAAAUGUUGAAGGUGUUUCAUUAGGGAGUCCGGUUUUUGAGUUUCCUUGCUGAAACUCGUCUUACCUUAAAUGUACCCCUACUGGAUACAUCUUCAGUUUCGAUGCCAUAAUUACACUAGUUCCUUGUACUUAGUUAUGUUUAAACAAUGCAUUUUCAUGCUUUAAGUAUAUGACAUUAUAUUUAACUCGAUCAUUGAAAAAUAUUCGGACUGCAGCAGAGAUUCUUCUUUUUAAUUUUGCGGUAGACAACAUACCUAAUGUUGAAAAAAUAUUUUUAAGGUGAAUCUAUUGCUUGUUAAGUUAAUGUGCGGUAAAUAAAACUGCUAAUGACCAGCCACUUAAGAAAAUAUCAUACAGUCACUUUGUGUAAUGUAAUUUACUUAAAAUGAAAUCCACAUACAUAAAUAUUUCCGUUAAUUUAAUUACAAAUAUAAAAAAUAUAUAUUUUGUAGAUAUUUUGGUAACAUUGUCAGUUAUUGGGUUGGCUAGUUAUUAUUUUACCGGACAUCUAAAAUUGGCAACUAUCUGUUAUAAUGUGACGAAUGUAUGUGAGUGUUUGGAUGGUUUGUAAGUUGGUGCUCUUGUAAAAACUGUUAACAAAGCAACUGUUUAUUAAGUUUAAUAUACAUCAAUAAACUAAUA